AUGGAUGUGAGUAAAGCUGUCGUUUACAUUGGCGUGAAAUUUGCAUUGAAGGUUGAGUCGAAGGUCGAAGAUCGAAAGUCGAAAGUCAAAGAAGAAGUAAAAGGAAGUGCAAAUUCACCGAUAAUGAAUAUGAUUAUCGGAAAAGACCCAAAUCAAAGUCAAAUAUAA